AUGUUCAGCCCACUGAAUCCGCUUCGGUUUCAGGCGUCCCUUAUACUAAGAUACCUAAUCAUUGGAGUCCACAGGACAGCUAACAUAAGCCUACAUUGCCACUGUCUGAAGAACGUCAGUUUGCUAGUGUUUCCGCCCACCGUGCAAAAGGGCAGUCAGGCGUCACUCUUGUGCCAGUACGACUUGGAAGAAGCACCUCUUUAUUCCGUCAAAUGGUACCGAGGGAACUUUGAAUUCUACAGAUUCUCACCUGGAGAGAAACCAGACACCAAGAUCUUCCCAUACCCUGGAAUCCAUGUAGACCUGUCCGUGUCAAACGAGAGUGUUGUGGUGCUCCGGAAGGUCGGAUUCAACCUGUCUGGCAACUUCAGCUGCGAGGUGACAGUAGAAGCCCCAUCCUUUUCUACAGCCACAGUCUACCAGCAAAUGUUGGUUGUCGCGCUGCCGGAAAGCCCUCCUGUAAUCCACACGGAACACGACCGCUAUGAACCAGGAGACACUCUGCGUGCAAAUUGCACUUCGCCACCCUCCAAACCGGCAGCCAGUCUCAGCUUCUUCCUUAACAACAUUCCGGUGGGUGUGCCUGAAGUCCGUCAAUACAGAGCAAUGCCAGAUACUCAACAGAUGAGCUUCCUUUCCCUCUCAACGACACUGUACCCGAUGCAUUAUCAGAACGGUCAACUCGUCCUCAAAUGCACCGCCCACGUAGCCACGUUGUACCGCCAGACGACAGAAGUGCAUCUGAGCGCAAGGGCCAGAGAACCUAUUCCUGAAAGGGUUACGUCACAGAAUGCGUCAUGGCGGUUAGCAGCGUCUGUCCAUCUUCUGCUGUUGAUACUGGGCGGCCAUAUUGCAAGAUAGCUCCAAGAUCAGAAGCAAUCAAUCCAUCUUUCCAUCACGUUCGUGGUCUAAACAAGUCAGGACCGACCUCGGCAACGUUUGUAUGUCACAUGUGUUCAGUGUUACCAACAUUCAGAGCGUAGAAAAUAUACUGAAAUAACAUUACUAGUCAAGUGAAAUGUUACCAACUUAAAAAUAUGACUAAUAGAAUGAGGAAGAAAUAUGUACGGAUAUAAGAAAUGGACAAAGUGUUGUUAGCUUCCGAGAAACGUUACCAGGGCUCUUAGAGUUUCGAAGGAAGUUUGGAGACAGCUUCAGUGCAAAUCAGAUACAUAUAAUAAGCAGUAGGACGAAGUGCAGACGAAGCUGCUGCAAACUUAACAGAACACUAGAAAGAAAAACGUUAUUUACGGAUAGAAUUUUUACUUUAAUGAUUUAUUAAUUACAUCUGGGAAAGAAUUCUGUAAAACAGAUUAUAACUGUUGUACAUAGCCUAAAAUCUGUCUCUGAAAGUGAGAACAAAUUUUUACAGUGGCUUCUAGUUUAAAGUUUCUAAAAUAAAGAGAAAAUUAAAUUCCACAUCCAAAAAGGGGUACAAUAAGACAGUAAAUGGAAUACAAUGAUCCAAACAAGUCAUUCCACAAUUUUGUAUAAUGGCUUAGGUAGAAUGAAAUAGCUAGUCAUGAUGGUAAUGGUUUGCAGUACCGCGUUGCUUAAGAUGUUAUUAAAGUGCUAAAAGCCCCAAGGAAAAAUAUAAAAGUUACCAUUUAUGAGUGUUAAAUUUGUAUUAGUAGUAACGGAAAUAACUUUACGUACAAAAAACAAUGUGUAAUCUGUUCGAAGUUCGCUCAAAUUUAAUUUUUAAUGAGAAUGUAAAUUAUUAUAGUUGUGAUUAUAUGUAUGUUCCACGCUGUUGAAUAUUUGUGUACCAAAUCAGCUAACUGCAUGAAGUGAGAGGGGCAAUGGUAAAUGCGUUUGGAACUAGAUAGUGGCUGUAGAUAGAAGGUACAUAGGUAGAUUUAAGACUUUACGCCAAGAACAAUAUAUUAUAACCAACAGAGUAGUCUUGUAACAACAGACUAUGGGAAAGUUAAACCAAUUUUAAUUUAUUGUAACUUCGUUAAGGCCUAAUAACGUAAACACAAAAUAUCGCGAUAUAGACGUACAGACACGAUCAGAACAUCUGGCACCGUGCAGUUCACACAAAACACUAUGAAAUGAGAGGACGUUUCCCACAGGAAAAUCUCGGCUUUGGCAGAAGAACCUAUAAUGUUUAACAUACCGUGUAUGUUACAACACCUUGUUUGUGUGCCGGCAUUUUAGUUAUUGUUUGUGAACUGUUUUGUUGACAGCUUCCAACAUUCUUAAAUUAUGGUAAACAGGAAAGGUAUUUAUUUCAGUUAAGAAAUAAUGAGUAGUUUUUUAUAUAAAAUCAGCAUCAACUUCACAUCCGAUUUUACAGAUCCGUGUUAAAACGGCACAUGGCGAACAGAAAAGGAAUUGUAUUAUUUUAAAAUUAAAAGUGAAUUCUGAAAAUGCGGAAAACUUUUAAGCUUAAAACUAAAUUAUACACUAUUUUUUGCAAUGCAGAGAUUGUAACUUUUAAUAAUUUUUAAAUUCAGUAAUUUCCAGUAAGGUAAGAGAAAGCUCACUUAAAGGGAAAGAUGUAAAUUACGGAUAUAUUUUGGUCUAAUGCAGAAAUAUAAAUGGAAGCUCUGAAAUGCGAAUAAUAAAUGAUAUUUAUAUUUGUGAAACAACCUUUUUUCUGAAUCGAAGUUCAUUUAUACAACAGAAACGGUUUCUUGGUUCAGGUUCGAAAAAAUUAAAGGUCACCUUGCACUGACGGCAGUUUUUUAGGGCUGGUCAUAUCCGGAUACAAACAACAAUUAGAUAGAUUCUGCGUACCUACUUCAAUUUAACAUAUUUUAGAAAUGUUUCAAAAUGACAAAACCCCAAACUUUCCUGAAAUUCGUUAAUGAAUGUAGAUUUUAUAGCAACACGAACUACGGACGUGUGUUAAUGUUGUGAUAGAACAAUUAUUAAAAUUCCCAUACUGAAGUAUGUAAACUAUAAUUGAAAUACGUGAUAAUUUACAACUCCAAAAUUCACUUUUACUAACGUGUCUAAAAAUAUGAAUAAUUGCAAAGUACAACAUUUCUUUUAAUACUAUACACAACAAUUUAAUUAAAAGCACGAGUUUUGCAAGACUAGUUUAAAUCAGAAUUUAAUUAUAUAAUGCUACAGUUUAGAAUACCAAACAAUUACUCCAUCAGAUAUAACUAUAUAUACAACUGCAUGAUCGGAAUGAACUACUAAGCUGUAAGAUCUUUUGUUAAGACAGUUUACUUUGGGCCGAACACUCGAGUAACCUGAAGCUGUGCAAAGAAAUUGUAUCGAUAUGUAAAGACAACAAACGUGUGCUUUCAUCUCAAGCAGAAAGACAGUAAGCCAACACGUCAAGUGAAACCCUGUUAUCCUUUGCCGUAUGGAGUAUGACAAAUUAAGUACACCCGCAUUUUCUAAGGAAAAAGGCGACUUCCAUGGAAACAAACGCAUCUUGUUUACUUCCAUUUAAAAUUUCAGCACAUAUUCAAGUUCUGGGCUGUCUCCCUAAUCAGGCUAACUGAUUAACAGAUAAACAAUUGCAGCACAAUAUCCGUCCAGGUUGAUUUUUCUUUCUGGUAAGUGAAAGAGAGACACUUAAGAAAAUUUCAUUUUAUGAUAAAGACAAUCCACUGUCCUUAAAGUUUUAGUAUGGUCAAGCAUAUUCGGUUGAGGUGUACUGGAAUUAAGUCAACUGAAAUCGUGUCGUUACCAAGACAAUAAUUCACUGUUUCUUAUUGUCGUCCACAUCUUUACAGAGGUGGACGGGUAGAAAAGAAAAUAGCGACACUUCCGGAUAAUGAGAGGCCUCUAUUGUCACCUUAUUAUAACUAAUUAUUAAGCUGCAUUUUUACCGUAAGAAAUUCUCACUAUUUGGCAAGCUAAUAACUAACCUGUUCAUGGAAUGCACGUGUUUUAAAUUUUAGCUAUCAUAACGACCACUAAGUCAUAUAAAUACUUUUAGAAAAAUUAAAAUUUGUUACGUAAGAGUAUUAUGCUUAUACAAGGCGUACACUCACUGAUUGACACACACACAAACACGUGACACGUGUAUACACAUAUUUUGAAAUACAUUUCACAUUUUUAAUAAUAAUUCGGCUCUAAAACGGCUAAUGGUGGGUACUAUUGUUUUUCGUUGAAAUAAGUACUUUAAAGUGGAAAUUACCUCGGGACAAACUUAGUGACACGUGUUUGUGCUCCUACGAAUCUGUCUGUUCCAUUAUAUACGCGAAUUAAAUUACAAAAUACUAGACUGCUGAAAUACGCAUGUCCACCAUAUAAUAAGCAUUCAAUGUGGAAUUUACAAAAGGAAAAGAGGCCUACAAUUUAUUUACUUCGCCUACUACAUAAUCAAAUUAUAAUAUCUGAGGACAUCGGGGGACCUUGCUAUUGACAAGCGACGCAACACGACACAGAUUCUGUGCAAUUUUAUGAAACUUGUCAUCUUCUUCUGUUAAAUUAUACGAUUUUGAGCAGCACAUCAGAAGAAAGUCAAAGAACGUACAUCGAAAAAGAUAGAAGCGAUAAUAAUUCAAGUGUGAGUAAUGUGAACACUACAUUCUAUAAAACACAAUUAAUGAAUCUGUAAGAAAAUCUCUAUGACAAUAUUCAGCACACAUUCACAGUUAACUGAGAGGUAUAGCUCCAUAAAAUUGACACAGAUUUUAUAAAAAGAAACUUCUACUUAUGUUGUAGCAAACUGGAAGUAUGUUUUGAAAGUAAACAGACCUACUAAGAGAUCUGUCUCAAUAUUACAUCUCCAGAGAGAGAACACUUAAACUUAUACACCUGUUUCUCCUCACCAUAACAGAACACUACAUUCAAAGCAAAAAGAUCGCUAAGAUAAAGUAUUAGAAGCAUAACAUCAACAUAAAAAACUAUUAAUUUCGAAUCUGAAAACUAUUUCUGUGGGUCUUGGCAUCAGAACUAAUUCCGCUGACAUUGGGCUCCUAUCGCUUGGCAUUGCAUGUUUGUGUAGACGUUUGUAUGUCAUUGGGAACGGAAUGUAAUGAAAAUGUCCUGCAGCUACUGAAUGAUGGGGCGGCCAUUGGAGACUGCUAAAUCGCCCCUCGGCAUAUAGCUUCCGACUUCAAUUAGCAUCCAUCUCCGCACCAAACAGUUUAUAUAAGCUUAACAAAACAAACGCAGCUUUCACAUUAAUUUUGUUUACUUACAUUGAAACGUUGCAUUAUGACUCACCAAAAAUAUUUUAAUAAAUGAUGACAAUAUAUUAAUUACAACCUGGAUUAUUAUCCAGAGAAUAUCCGCAUGUUAUUCAACAAUGUUUAGAGGCGCCUACACGCUCGGAACUCCAAUACGUGUCUUAUACCUUGUAAUACACGUCCUAUAAACACGAUCCUGGUUCUUCACAAACGCCAACAGUUACUAAGGACUGGUCUAAUACAUGAGAUUUGAGGUUCGCACGGACAUGAAGAUGUCUGUGGUGGUCUUCUGUGUCGCGACGUCUUGCGGACUUGAAGGUACACACCAACAUUUCAGAGUAAAGCACUGAGUCCACCAAACCAUGAAGAUGGAAGCAAUAUGUUCCACCAAAACGUUGAUAUUUAGCUACAGUUUCACACGGCGUCACAACCUACAAGCCUAGCACGGUAUAGUCCAUAUUGCAUUUAAUUCCUUGUAGUCCUUAAUUUAACUCAGGCAAUAAAGUAUAAUUACAGAUUAAUUUACUCGGGCUUAUGUGUGGAUCACAAACUAUUCACAUGUUGCUCAGAUAUUAAACAAUGUUAUAUAUUCAGAUUUCUUAAAUGAAUGCAUCGUAAUGCAUGAGAACACUGCUUUUAACGUGGGAAUUGUACUUAUGUGGUGUAAUUAAAUAAUUGGUUUAGAGAUAUUUGAAACAGAUUUAUAACGCGUUUGUGUGUGUACAUAUUUUUUUUCGAAAUUCAGUGAUAAAAGUUAUUUAAACAUACUAACAGGUUUAUGAUAAAGGUCCUGGUAAUAUUAAUACGUUGGCUACUGUAAAUUAUGUCUACUGUAUAAAUGGAGGUGUUUACUUAUGGAGACAGGAAGAUAAAUUUUACGAAAACAACAUAUCUUUUAACAUUGUCGAGGAAUUUAUUUUGGUAUAAUAUAAGUACUGGCGAAGUAUAACGUGGUGCGUAUUUGCUACAUGAAAAUAUUGUGGAAAUUUCAAAGUGAAAAGCAGAAUAAAUACAGACCAUAAAAUGUUUAAAUAUUUGAACUAAUUUGUACGCCAAUUAAAUCACAUUUAGAGAACGAUUUGUUCCAGUAAGCAGUAAAUUCCAGCAUAGAAAAGUUUUCUCUCGCAAGAUUUCGUAGACCAGUUUUCCAAAACACAGUUUCAAAUCUGAAUUAAUCCCACACUUCCUCUAUGGUUCAGUAACACUCUAAUUUUUGACCUUACUUUCUCCCACUCGGAAUUUUUGCCUUAACGCAGAACUGAUAAGAACUUUGUCUAAAUACUUAUUCAAUACAUUGAUAUUUCUGUAACGACACUUGAAACAGUGAAUUAUAAAAGCGUUAUUGAAGAUCAGAAUACAUACAUUAGACCAUUUCAAUUAUUGCAUCGUCUGAUAAAAUAAGACGUUUCGGACCCAUUUAAUUUAUAUACAAUGAUGAAUACCACUGUUGACGACCCAGGAUGGAUACGGUUUCCAGCCAAUGGACCCAACAAAACACGUUUCACUCUCGCAUAUAAUUAUUGAAGCAGAGUCUAGCUUUUAAAACUUUGUUUUCAUCCGAAAAUUAGAGGACUGGUGAGUCAAAUUAAGUUUAACAACAUGCCCUAAUCACAAAACCCUUACAUGUAAACUUAUCACGUUAUCACUCCGAUCACAAAGCAUCCAGCUACAAUCCAUGGCUCAUACCGAAACAUCAAUGACACUUACCAGAACAUUCAUAAGAUCACCGAGGGUUGCAUUUUACAUGUCAGAUGCACGAAGUAUAUGCUUCAAUACCCUAUACGAAACUUAUGCAGAAUUCAGAACGUAACACAAAACAAAAGAUCUUACACAUUCCAAAACUUAAUUCAUUCUCAUUUCAUAAUUAGUUAGCAACAAAUUUAAAGGAAACAAACGAAGCUAUGGCAAAAAUAUAAAUCUCAUAAAACAAUUACAUGAUUUCGUCUUUAAUUUAAUGUCUGUUAGUGUGCGACUAUAUUAAAGAACGCCGUUCCCUUUCAUAUAAUAACCAUAUAAUGUUGUAAAUUUGGUAUUUGUGAAAUUUAUGGUUUGUGUUGCAGAUUCAGAUUUGUGAUGGCGAUGGAGCAGUUGUAAUAUAAUUCCAUAAGCCACAUACACCUAAUAUAUUAAAGUCUUUCAGUGCAAGUAGAAAAGGGUACUUGUUAUGGGAAUAUAAGGGAUUUCAAUCAAAUUCCAUUGCAUUACAAUACAUGUUUAACAAAGCACUGUGAUAACAAAAUUUACCGUCAAACAGCAAGUCAAAUUGAAAAAAGUCAUAUACUACCUACACAGUAGGUUUAUUUGCAUUUAUUUAAUACUAUAUAGAAUAUAUACUUCGUAAAACGUAAUUAAACCCUGUGUUGUUAUGAGGAUAUGCUUAUUCUGAAUAAUAUACUUAACAUAAAUAAGAAUUUAGUAAACAAAAUAUUGCAUUAAAAGAGUCUGAAAUUUCAACAUUGUGAGUUACACAAAUGAAUCAUUUUAUAUAAACUAAAUGCACGUGUUAAAAUCAGUAUAAAAUAUUUGUUAGACUUUUCGACCUAAGCUUGUUACCUCAAGUCACUGUCCUCGCAUUUUGGAUACCCCUGGCCUGGCCGGUAGUUGAACGGAAGAACGAAGUUGAUCGUGAUGAAAUUGGAGGCUUAAAGAGAAGUGUUAAAGGAAGGCGAUACGGUUCGACGUACAUCUGAACGCAACGUACAGUGAGAUGGUGAGUAAUGGCUGUGAGACGUGCAAGAUUGUGUUCGGAAAGCUACUAUGUACCUAUCCGUGUGUGAUAAAAUUACUGCACUUUCUCCAGCCACAAAAAAAUUCAUGAACGAAGGAAUUACACAUUGUGAAUCAUUACAGUUAUUCGUUUUAGAGGUGAGCAGUGACUUAUGUGGAUAUGUACUUAAUACUAAUUCGUAUAUACUGAACACAAGCCAUUUUUCUUUUUAAGAAGUUGUAAAUUUAUCAUCUUUAUUGUGAUAUACAGACCUCAGACAAGAAGAACUUCUGUACCUGUGUUUAAUACAAGUCUUUAUGCCUCAUAAAAUAAAAUAUGAGAAUUAAUAGCUCUUUGAGAGCUGGCAUUGUAAUAUAAUUUCAAACAAAUACAAUUUCCGAUAAUUAUUUAAAUUAUAUAUAUCGACCUAGGUGAUAAGCUAAAAGAAAAUAUUUUCCUUAACAUUCAAUUAAUGUACAUUAAAUCUGCCUCAACAACGUGACCUGUGCAAUGACUGUCAUUACCUUGUUAAAAAGGCGUGUAAAAUUUAAGAAGUUCUUCUUGCCUAAAAUAUAUUUUUCACAUAGCUGAAAGUGAGAAAGCAAGAUGAAAAAUUAAUUUCUUGGGCUGUAACAUAAUCUGCAUAUUAACACAGUUCAAGAAAAAGUCACUUUACACUCAUAUUUGCUUUGCAUUUAAUUAUUAUAUUUCUUCCAAGUAAUGUCAAAUUUUUAAAUGGUGUUACACACAUACGUGAACAGGUCAAGAGAGAUAAAUAUAUUCCUAUGUCAUUCACUUCAUAUCCACCUAAACGUCUUCGUUAUCACCGUGUCCCGCCCACAGAAAGGAGUCUUACUUACUUUAUAGAUGUAGUGUGCAUGUUAACUCGUUUUAUGUACAUCGUACAUAAAAAUAAUCUCUUGUUUAUUUUCUCUAACUUUAACAUGUCAAAAGACAAUCAUUCCUAUACUUAAUUUCAAGAAUUAAUAAUCUUGUGAACGCCAUAAUUUAUUAGUAAUUAAUUUAAUGAAAGUGGAAACUGAUUGGGAGAACUCGGCUUCACGAGAUGUUUGUUAAAUAUGGUAAUAAAUCAGUUAUUGUAAACAGAAAUAAAACCACGUAAAACUCUAUUCCUGAAACAAAUAAAACACAUGUAAAUUUUAUA